AUGGUGCGGGUUUCACGACAGACUCUUGCGCUCUCGCUCCUGAGCGCAAUAGUGCAUGGCUUCGUGAUAUACGACAGCCAAAAGCUCGAUGUUACCCUUGGCGAGGGUUGCAUCAACUCUCUCUCCGCGAACAUCAACUGCGCGGACUAUGUGCAGACCUUCAUGAUGCUGAGUUAUCGCGGCUCGUUGGAGAAUGUCACCAUGACCGACACAGUCUGCACAAGCGACUGCUCCGGGUCGCUCAAGAAUUGGUUUGAUUCUGUUUCGAAGAGUUGCGCCGGUAAGACGCUCAAUGAUGCGGUGCCAAUGAAGUUUGGAGGGUACAUGUGGGCAGGCUUCAACGAGACCUGUGUCAAGGAUCCCAAGACGAAGCAGUAUUGCAAUGACAUCAUCGCCAAAUUUACCAAUGUUGACAACAUUACCAAGAUGCCUCAGACUGAACUGUGCCAUACCUGCAACGUUCGCCGACUCAGUAUCAUGCAAUCCUCUCAGUACUCUAUCUAUGACAGCUUUUAUAAGACAGAACUGGAAUAUGUUUACGCUCAAUGCGGCCUAAAAGGCCCGACCGAUAUCCCUCCACCACUCACAGCCACCCAACCAGAUGCCUCACCAUAUUGCGUGACCGGCAAGCGGUAUACAACGAAGAAGGGCGACACUUGCGAGUCGAUUGCUAAUUCCACAAGUGUUUCCGCGGCGGCGCUUUACAUGGGGAAUCAGGCGAUCCUACCUGACUGUCGCGAUGUUGAUCCGGGUGCCAACCUCUGCAUACCGAUGACUUGUCAGACAUACUAUGUGACGAAGUCAGACACUUGCGCAUCGAUUGAGUCAGCACUCGGCAUUGAACAUGGUAUGGUCCGCUCCUUCAACUCGUGGCUAAAAUCCGAUUGUUCCAACCUCCAGCCAGCGACGGACUUUUACGGAAAGAUCAUCUGCGUCUCUCCCCAAGGUGGGACAUUUACUGGGACGUUUCCACCGCCAGCUCCGACUUCAAACCCAGGAUUAGGUGACGGUUACACGAGGACGGCCAUUCCACCACCUGAAGGCGCUACCGUUGCUCCAGGCACAACUCUUAAUUGUGGAAAAUGGUAUGUCGUGAAAGGUGGAGACGCUUGCAGCAAGAUUUGCAUCCAGGCCGGUAUUACCUCGAAUCUCUUCCGCCAAGUCAAUCCAUCGUUGAAGGACGGUAGUUGCGAUGCAUUGUUGAAGCCCCAGAGCGCUUUGUGCGUCGGACCGACGUAUUCGUGGAAUACGACGCUUCCGGGGACAACUUCUAUUGCUACGGCCACAUUCGGUCUCCCUACUGGGACUAAUAAUACAGCAACUACGAAGUCAUUGUUGUAG